UAAUUUAAUGUCUAAUGUCUGCGAAAAGAAAAAUGGCUACAAUUCCAAAGACUAAAGCACUUAUUUUCAGAGGCAUGACCAGCACUUACACUAAAGGAAGCUAUGUUUAAGAUAGCAAUUUCCCUAAUUUCAGUCCUCUUCUCCUCCAUCCGAUUUUUUUUUGCGAAGUUUUAUGGUAAGGCUUACAAAACUGCAAAUAAUUCCAAUUAUAAAAUAAAACAUUAAGACAAGUAAAUCAAGUAAGUCUACCCAGUAACUUUAUUUCAUAACUGUAGUGAUGAGUAGAUGAUACAAAUGAGAAAUUAUUGGUCGUUCUACACACAGCACCUUUAGAAAUUAGUUUGCAAUGGGUUGUUUCCUUUGAGAGCUUUGGAUCAUGGCGUGUUGACAGACCGCAGUUGAUCUAGCAUUAGGUAAUUGGUUCAAGUUGCGUUUCCCUUAUCCUGUAUAAGGAUUUAUGGUGAGAUAUGCAAAUUAAGUUCUUUGGUCCCAUUUUCUUCAGGCGUUUGGAUUGAUUCCAAGUCGAAUUUCAUCUUUAACAAGCGAUUGGUUAUUUGCUUUUGAUUGGCUGAUUGUAUUUAUAAGAAUUGCAGAAAAAAAAACUUAAAAAAAAUAAAAAAGUCCUUGCUUGGAGAAAUUUCCUAACUACGCUUGUUUUAAGAGUGAUAAGUUCUGGUGAUUAAUAUUCUAAGAUCGUGUUUUAUUAAACAUGGUUUCGACGUAUCCUCAACCGGAAAUAAUUGUUGGAAUACUGCGAGGCUUACUCCACGUAUUCAAAUACGAACUGCAAACUUCUCCUUUUAUGGAGAACGCUACAGCCAACCGUCUGUGUAGGUGAUUGUUUCGUCCGAUAUUUAAUGUGUUACAAAGCUUCAGACGAGCAUUCUAAACCGUUCCACUGAUAUUCCCUCUUGUUAACUUUUGUGGUCACGAUGGCGGACAGUCCGCCUGCCACCUCGGACCAUUCUACCGGCAUCGCUUCGCUCUUCCAGUAUUUGACAAUUUCCUCAUCGGAAAGGUUGAGACACUUGGAAAUGAAAUAUAGCUGAUGUCGAGAGAGACUGGGGAAACGCCGGUCCAGCUUACUGAAUUAAAUCACUAUUUAUUGAAAAACUGGCCCCAAUAACGCUCUGAUUCCGCAAAGGGUGUGUUAGGUGGGGGAACUAUACGCCUGAAUGGGAAGCUCUGGGCAGCCGUGAAUUAGGGACGCCAUCUUUUACAGCGCAAUGAGCACGUACACAAUCCUUUUAAAGUUUUUUUGGUGAGAUCGGAUUGCGUUUAAGAGAAAAAUGAAAAUAGAUACUGAAUUGGAAAUGGCUGCCCUCACUUAGGAUUUUCCUGUGUAAUUGUGAGUGUAAUGUCACAAUGCAACAGGGGAGAGGAAUGCAGGGUGUGCUAUUGCAGAAACAGCCGGUGCCUGGAGGUGGAUUAAUGUUCUCAAAAGAGAUUGCAUCAUCCUCGCUCCCACUGGGCCUCUAAAACCUUUCCAGCUGUAAAGUAGCCAAAAAUAAACCAAUUAUGAGAGAGCACAAACAUAGGCGGCUGAUUUUGCAGCGUAUGUAUAAAGGAGCGGGAUAGUAGUGCCCUUAUCCCUUUGGUUUAAAGCCCAUCGCAGCUAACCGAUCGCUUUAAUUCAUUUUUGGUUUUUCUAAAUAUGUCCACACAAAUAUCGAAAGAGUUAACGAAGAAACAUAACACCGUAACAUCUGUAAUUAGUCCGGAGAUGCAUUCAAAAGUGUCCUUCGAAGAUAAAGUGAAUCGCUCUAGUUUGCUUUGGGCAUGGAGGAACAUAUUAUGCUAACACAUCAAAAGGAGUUCAAUUGAUAGGAAGUAAACGAUUCAUUAAUUUUGUGCCAGAUUAUCUUUGCGUAGUGACGUUCCGCAUGCGCACAAAUAAAAUGUAGCCAUUCUUCUGCCCUUUCUCCGAGGGGCAUCCCAGACGUAAAUACAAAGUCACUUUUGGUUUAUUAUCUAUGAUUCCCGUCGCAAACCACCAAGUUCCAGUCAAAUGAGGAGAUUCAUUCAACCACGAAUCCAGUUAAAGAUCUCUUUAGCAUGAAAAAACAAAACUGUAGGAAAUGGCAAAUGUGGGGGAAGGGCGGUAAAAAAGCAAAAGUUAUGUAAAGUUGGGGGGAAAACAAAUGUAAGAUGAAACUUGCCGAGGUCAAAUAUUAAUACAACCUAAAAUGCAGUAAAUCCAGAAAAAUAAAGUCCUUGCUGUUCCUCAGUCAUGGCUGAUCCAAUCCUAGUGUCAACUCCAUUUUUAUUUUCUCCAUUUGCAGUUCAGACCUAAUUGGUGAUCUCUCGCUUAUGCAUGUUUGUGCAUGUGCACAGGCUGCAUUGACUUGUGCUGUCCAUGUGAAGGGUCAGCAUGAAUAGUCUAAGAAUUGAGCUUUCAGGAAUGAAGGCUGCUUUUGCUGGUCUUCAUCCUCCCCCAGGACAGAUACAGUGACAGAUGUGCUGUUUCCCUCAUGUCCAUGAUCUGCACACGACACUGCGGCUGUUCGGCCUCGGUGUGGUCAGGCAUUUUGCUUCGGACCCCGUGAUAAACACAACUCGGUGUUGGACGUCAUGAGCAUAGUAAUUCCACUUGGAGUUACUACACCAGAUACUUCAUACUCUGAUAUGGCUGCUGGAUCAGACCCAGAGUCAGUGGAAGCUAGUCCUGCAGUUAUUGAGAAGAACAGCUACUCAAAUCACAACUAUGGAAGUGCUCAACAUCAUGGAUACAGAGGUUUGCCUUAUGCAGAUCAUAACUAUGGUGCUCCACCACCUCCAACACCCCCAGCUUCACCACCUGCACAGACUAUAAUUGCCCGAGUAGAGUUGAAUAGACUGCGUUGCCAACGAUAUGAUGAUAAUUCUGAGGAUAGCGACAGUUCAUCUGAAGAUGAAAACAUUCCCUGGUGUCAUUGCAGCUUAACUCAGGAUGGUUUUAUUAUCACGUGUGAGAACUGCAGAGGCCUAGACAGGCGAAAGGUUAUCAGACUUCAGCGCAGGAAGCAGGAGAAUGUAUCGGUUGGAGAUAGCAGUGCAACUGAAAGUGGGGAUGAGGAGGUAUCACCGUCAACUGUAUCCUAUACUGCAACACAACACACACCAACUAGCAUCACACUCACAGUCAACCGUGUGAAGAGAACCAAGGCAAAGAAGAGAAAGAGAAGUACAGAAAAAGCAAAAAAUGCCCCCAAAGCCAAAAAGAUAAAGGCCUUUCGAGAAGGUUCCAGAAGAUCUAUGAGGAUGAAGAAUUCAUUGUCAGAAGCGCAUGCAUUGGAUGAAAAUACUGCAGAAGGAUGGGAAAACAGGAUUCGACUCUGGACAGAUCAAUAUGAGGAAUCUUUUGCAAAUCAGUACAGUGCAGAUGUACAAAACCUCCUGGAACUACAUCGGUUAACAAUGAAAGACUCUGUGGGUAAAAACGUUAUGCUGGACACUAUUAACAAAACGGAAUUGGCCUGCAACAAUACAAUUCUCGGCUCUCAGAUGCAGCUACAGCUUGGUAAAGUCACAAGAGUUCAGCGGCAUCGCAAAAUUUUGAGAGCAGCCAGAGACCUAUCACCAGACAUACUCAUUAUUGAAUAUCGUGGAAAGGUGAUGCUGCGGCAACAGUUUGAAGUCAAUGGUCAUUUCUUUAAAAGACCCUAUCCUUUUGUACUCUUCUACUCAAAAUUCAAUGAGGUGGAGAUGUGCGUUGAUGCCCGAACAUUUGGGAAUGAUGCUCGUUUCAUUAGAAGGUCAUGUGCUCCCAAUGCUGAGGUACGGCACAUGAUUGCUGAUGGAAUGAUCCACCUUUGUAUAUAUGCCAUCACAAACAUCCCAAAAGACAAUGAGGUGACUAUUGGCUUUGACUAUGAAUACAGCAGCUGUAAAUAUAAGGUUGACUGUGCCUGCCAUAAGGGGAAUCAGAAUUGUCCUGUCCAGAAACACAAUCAGGAGUCAAUGGAGCCCCCUGUUGGUGCAGAGACAAGGCGGAGGAAAGCCAGGCGGAAAGAAUGGGAGAUGGAGUUGGAGCUCAAUCAGGGGUCUGAUGAAAAUAACGGCCAACAGCAGGAAGGAGCAGCAGAAUCUAAAGACCAGCCCGAGUUAACUUUACAAAAUCAAGCAAGUGACAGUGAGGAAGGGCCUGGGGAAGGCAAUCGAAUAAAAGUUGAAGAAGAAAACGAAGAAUCAGAAAUGGAUGAACAACUCCGUGCCUUAGCACAAAAUAAACUGUCACGGGAGCAGCGGAAGAUGGAAGCCAUCAUGCAGGUUUUUGAGAACUUAGAGAAAAGAAAGAAAAGACGUGAGCAGGUGGUUGAGCGCACUACUAGUCACCCAGGCGGCGAUGCCAAUCCGGAGACUCCAACCACAGAUGUGGAGGAGGUGAAACUGGAACCUGCAACCGAAGAAGCACCCUCCAGUGGGGCAAGAACACCACAGCCUGUGCUUUCAGGGGUAAGCACACGGCGAACUUCACAGUUAGGGGAGCAAGUUUCUGAGAAGCCUGCGAAGCCUCCUGCAUCAAAACCAAACAAGCCACGACCCAAAAAUCGUUUCUCACGCUAUCGCUCAAGUUCAGCACAGCGAUUACGUAGACAACGACAAGCCAGCAGCCAGUCAGAGCCAGCACCAGUGGUAGCAGUGGAUGAGGGGGCAGCAGGGACCAUGGUAACAGAAACCACAUCUACGGAAGGCGUGCCAAGUUCAGGAGCUCCAGGAGUAGAGACCACAACAGGCACUACAGUUGUCUCCCAACCAAACCGAACCAGUGUCAAGUAUCCUAAAACUAAAAGGUAUUUAGUGUCGGAAUGGUUAAAUGACAAGGUUGAGCGUUCUGACUGCCCAUAUGACCGCCCAUUACGCAUCACAACUGAUCCUACUGUAUUGGCAACAACACUGAACAUGUUGCCAGGUCUGAGCCAUAGUCCUCAUAUUUGCACAACCCCUAAACACUACAUCCGCUUUGGCUCCCCCUUUGCUCCUGAAAGAAGAAGACAAAGAGUUGUGUGCGAUGGCAAUUAUGGAUCUUGCAAAAAGCGAUGGAUGAAACAGGCAAUGGAUGAGGCCAUGGUGCAACUUCCCCUUACUCCAAAUAUAGGACAAGAGACAUCACCCAUAUACCACAGUAAUGACAACAACAAUAUGCCUGAAGUACUGAAUGACUCCCAUACCUCAACGGAGUUGAUUGCACCUCUGAAAAAACGAAAGACUCGGUAUCUGUCAGACGUGAGUUUGAGUGAUUUGACAGGACCUUGCAGUCCACUGUCAGCACCAGCAUCUGUCACGGACACGGUCAUGUCAAGUCCGACGAUAAUGAUGCCUUGCACCUUGUUUCCAGGAGAAGAGGAUAAGAAAAAUGGAUAUAAUACGGUUUAUUCUCCCCUUCAUUCCCUUGCUGCUAGCCGAUGUAAUACUCCACUACAAUUUGAGAACAUUUCCUCUCCUGAGAGUUCCCCAGUGCAUAGGCCUGAGCCGUUUUCACCAGAGCCGCCUCUGAGAGCGGAUAAUGACCAGUCCAGGACUGGCUUCUCAGAUCUUUCCCUCCAAGCUGAUCCAGACACCAGUACUCUUCGGAUUACAGAGGGGUCACUGUCAGACUCUGCUGCUCAACUUCCAUGUUCUACAUCAACAUUCCCCAGUGAAUCUGAAACUGGGUUGACAGGAAAGAAUAGUGACGGUCCUUCAUCCCUGAAAAACACAGAGCAAGCGUUCAGGACAGAGUUUAACUUGAUAUAUGCCUGUUCGCCUUUGAACUCCAAUCUCCGAGACCUCACUCCAACACACCGACUGGAGGGCCCCUACAGAGGACUGGAGAAUAGAACCAGUUACAUCAGUGACAGGAAAUCUUCACAAUCAGAGCGAGGAUUUGGUGAAGCUGUGUACAUGAGCCCUUCUGGAGACUCCUGCUUUAAUAGACAAAGCCAAGGAUUUUUGCCUGAGACUUUGCAAGGAUCCAUGUCUCCUCAAACAGAUCGGCAGCCUUUAUAUUCUGAAGGAAGUACAGCACCCCAGCAAAAUCCACCACAGAAAAAGAAGGUAUCUUUGCUGGAAUACAGAAAACGUCAGCAAGAAGCAAGGGAAAGCAGCUCCAAGUCAGACAGCCUCAGCUCAGAUCCUUCCAAAGCACCCAGCAAUAUGGGCACUCCAACCAGACGAGGUAGCGACGGCACUUGUACACAAUCGGCAACCAAUGGUGAUUCCACUGCAACAUCGAGGUCAUCCCAUAGAUCGUCAUCACCCCCAAGCGGUUUCUCAUCACCAGUACACCCUUCAGUACCUCAGAUAGAGGAGGUCAGUCCUACGGAUCCUGGUAGCAACAAGAAUACAACUCUGUCUGCUGCAGCUAGCAGUAAAAGUAGGAACAGCAUGAGCACGAGAUGGAUGGUUCCUACAUCAGUAGAACGAUUGCGAGAAGAUCGGGGAAUGUUGGAACGUGUUCUUCGGAGAGUGGAAAUCGGAAGUAUGAAACGAACAGGAGAUGAGCGAAGCACAUUGGACCGUGUUCUGAGAAGAAUAGAAACCAGUUCAGUGGACUCAGUUAGGGACAAAGAUGCGGAUUCCACAGAUGGUGAAGGAUCAGAGACACAUGGCCUUGUACGCAGCAAAAAUUCCCCAAUUCACAGUCCACAGAGAUAUGGUCACAGUCCUUCCAGAUAUAAUCAUCAGCUUCUACAGGCACAGUCUGAUGGAGUUGUCCCGGAAUCUCACAUACUUCCACAGCAAAGCUUGUCUCCCUACAGAACGCACAGCUCCUCGAGUGUUUCCGUGACUGUCCCACAAGGACAUAUCUAUCGAUCUCCAUCCCAUGCAGUGGGGCAGAGUGGAUCCCAACAUCAGAUAGAUUCCAGCCUAACAACAGCUCCUCUCUCCACUCACUACUCAAGCCCAGUUCAUUCGACAUCCGUUGAUACCUCUGUGGUCCAGUACGUUGGGAAUUCUGGAUACUACAGUGGUCAGCAGCAUUCUGGGAGCGUCUUACACACAAUGAGUAGCACUCAACAAAAGACUAAUUCUGGGUGUACUCCUAUUGCUGCUAGCCCACUACAAAGCACCACAAAAAACAUAACUGACUCAACGUUUACCCCAGCUCCAAGCACCAUAAACUGUACUGUUUCACAGACUGCAAGGCCAUCACAAUCAGGAUCAUGGACCUUAAGCCCAACAGGAUCAGGGCAACCGCUUCACUCUGCAGCUAAGAUUCCCACGGCAUCAAGUUCUCAGCACUACCGAAAUACUGGGAUAGGCCAGUACCAACCUCCACAGGUCCAAAGUGCAAAUGUAAGAACGCAAUCAAGCACAUAUUAGACAAUGGAUGUAAACUUUGAUCAUCUGGGAGAUGUUUGCAUGGGUGUAUAACUCGUGCCUCCGUAUAUGCCACCAGCAUAUGGAGCAAGUGAGGCGUAAGCAUCUGUAAAUUAUGGACCUUGAGUUGGAUUAUUGGGCCUAUGCUAUCAUUUACUAGAACUUCCUUCAUACUGUACAAAAUCCUGUACAAAAACAAAGUAAGAGUUAAGAAUUGUGUACCUAUUGGUAAGGUACAUUUUAAGCUUAUAAUUCAGAUAAAUAUUGUUUAGGCUUUUUUCCUCCAGUUUAUUUUAAAUAAACUAGUCAUGUGCAGUAAGACUUUUUUAAAAAUCAAAAUGAAAGCGUUUGUAGCGUCAAAAUAAAGGCAUGGAGGAAAGGGUAUUGAUAGGGUGGGGAGAGUUUGUGUAGGCACACAUUCCACGUGCCAGCUUCUCACAUGUAUACUGUAAUAUCCUGGAGUAGAAAAUUUUAUUUAUCUAAUUUUAUAUAUAACCAUUCUAGGCUAGCUAUUAUCUUACCCACACAGCGGAGUUUAAUCCACGGUGCUGCAAAGAGUUUUUAUUUUACACCUGAUGCUGUGAGUUCCCUGAUGUUGAGGCGCAAGAAUGGAAGAAGUGUAUUUCAGUGACUGUUACAAUCUCAAUUUUUUUUUAAUUCGAAUCUUAAAUUCAGGUCUGUGUUCAACUGAAGGGAGAAAGUAAUCUCCAUUUUGAAGAUGUAACGUGACAAAUACAUGUUUAAAAAAAGUGAUGCAGUCGUGCUGCAUAUUGUAUAAUGGGAGUUUAAUACUGUUCUUUUAUUCAGAACACUCUGUAAAUACCACAGCUACUUGUUAUCCUCAGAGGAUUUAGUUGCCUGACUUUGCAUUAUGUACAUUGGUAAUUUUUUUGUGUAUAAUUUCUCUUGUGCACCUUUUUUCCUGUAUAUUCUUUUUUGACAACUGCUUUCAAUCUCCCAUUGGGCAUCUCCAUGUGCAGUCUUUUAAUUUUUGAUGUGCGAUGUGCAUGAGGCGAGUUUGUUCCUGAAUGUAGCUGUUGACUGAGUUGCACAUCAUUUGCAAUCGAGAUUUUAAAAAAAAUUAAAAAUGAAACAGUAGCCUUGCUUUCUAAACAUGUACAGUCAUCCCCUCCUGUGGAGUGUACAAAAAUAAAACAGUUCAUUUCUGCA